GUGGGGCCGGAAACCGCGGAGCGAGGGCCCGGAAAGGGCUGGGCAGACCUGACGCGCGCAUGCGCUUUCGUGCCUGCCGGGUGAGGCGGAAGCCGGAAGCGGUCUCGGGAGCGAUGGCAGCCGGCGGUCUGAGCCGCUCCGAGCGUAAGGCGGCGGAGCGAGUCCGAAGGUUGCGGGAGGAACAGCAGCGGGAGCGUCUCCGCCAGGUGUCGCGCAUCCUAAGGAAAGCGGCGGCGGAGCGCAGUGCUGAGGAGGGCCGGUUGCUGGCCGAGAGUGAGGAUCUAGUGACAGAGCUGCAGGGCCGAAAUCGGCGGCGCGAGGGCCUGAAGCGGCGGCAGGAAGAGGUGUGCGAUGACCCGGAGGAGCUGCGAAGAAAGGUCCAGGAGCUGGCCAGCGCUGUCCGGAAUGCCAGAUACUUGGUGGUCUACACAGGCGCCGGCAUCAGUACGGCAGCCUCUAUCCCAGAUUACCGGGGUCCAAAUGGAGUGUGGACACUGCUUCAGAAAGGGAGAAGUGUGAGCAGAGCUGCUGACCUGAGUGAGGCUGAGCCCACCCUCACCCACAUGAGCAUCACACGUUUGCAUGAGCAAAAGCUGGUGCAACACGUGGUGUCUCAGAACUGUGACGGGCUCCACCUUCGCAGUGGGCUGCCGCGUACAGCCAUCUCAGAGCUCCACGGGAACAUGUACAUUGAAGUCUGCACCUCCUGCAUCCCCAACAGGGAGUAUGUGCGUGUGUUUGAUGUGACAGAACGCACCGCUCUCCACCGACACCAGACAGGCCGGACCUGCCACAAGUGUGGGGCUCAGCUCCGAGACACCAUUGUGCACUUUGGGGAGAGGGGGACAUUGGGGCAGCCUCUGAACUGGGAGGCGGCGACGGAGGCUGCCAGCAAAGCAGACACGAUCCUGUGUUUAGGGUCCAGCUUGAAGGUUCUAAAGAAGUAUCCCCGACUCUGGUGCAUGACCAAGCCCCGCAACCGGCGGCCCAAGCUCUACAUUGUGAACUUGCAGUGGACUCCAAAGGAUGACUGGGCUGCCCUGAAGCUUCAUGGGAAGUGUGAUGAUGUCAUGCAGCUCCUCAUGGAUGAACUGGGCUUGGAGAUCCCGCUCUACAGCAAGUGGCAGGACCCCAUCUUCUCCAUGGCAACUCCCCUGCGUGCUGGUGAGGAAGGCAGCCACACUCGGAAAUCACUAUGGAGAAGCAGAGAAGAGGCCCCACCUGAGGAACUGAACACCCCACUUAGCACAACCCCCAUCCUAGGGGGCUGGUUUGGCAGGGGCUGCGCCAAACGUGCAAAGAGGAAGAAAGCAACAUAACCUGGCGUUGACAAAGAACAACUGGCACUUUGAAAAUGGCUGGAACUUUUAUUCAGCAAGUGGCACUGAGAAACCAGCUUGUCCUCAUGAAGUCUAGUGUGAACUCCUGGGUGACAUUUCACCUGACAUUUUUAGCCAUCUGUCCUGUGGGAAGCCCCUUUGCACUGCUGUGGUCCCCCCAAUGUGGGCUUGACCCCGAGGGCACCUUCUCUAUACAAAGGAGCGGCUGCUGGCCUUUCUCUGAGAACAUAGCUCGGGUUCUGGGCCUGGCUGGCAGAGGAACCCACAGCUGCCUUACCUCACUUACCCAGCUACUCUCAGGGCCCCCCCCCCCAUUUCUACUACUUCUUACUAAAUGUGUUGUUAACUUUAUACGACCCCUGUCUGGUGGGUGUGCAGCAGAGCGAUGAAUCUGAGCCUCCGCUCUGAGCACACCUUCCUUAUUAAACAUCUCUGCACU